AUGACUCCAACACAAAAAAAACAAGUAUGGCAUGUACCUAAAAAAAAUAAACUUGAUGUUUCGCCGAAAAAAGCAGAGAACCUUUCAUAUGAAAUAGCAGAAUAUAAUGUUUGCAAAAAAAAGAAAAGAAGUGUGUGCUAUGAUCCAAGACCACAGUCCUUUAUCAGUCAGGGAAAAGAAUGGGCUACAACAGUUAGAAAUAAAGUCAUUAACUACUGCUCAUUGUCACAAAAAAGAAUAGGAUUAUGUGGAAUUUUGGACAGUGCAAACAUGCAAGAUGUGAUACAUGACCAUGAUUACCUACCUUUUCCUUUACAUCAUCAACUUAUUCUUAAUAAAAUAUCUGUUACACCUGACUCAGCAAAGGAAAUUGAAAAGAAAACUAAAAAUCAGACGAAGACAAAGUUAUGGCAUACAGAACGAUCUUUUCGAGUGACUGCUUCAAGAGUCGGUGAGAUUUGUAAAUUUACUGCUAAAAAGGACCAAGAAAAGUAUGCACAAAGCCUUAUAUGUAAUAAGAAAAUAGUAAGCACGGCCUUAGAAUGGGGCAAGUCUAUGGAAACCACAGCAAUUGAAGCAUAUGAGGGGAAAACUGGAAAAAAAGUAGAACGCUGUGGUUUAUAUGUUUCUGUGCAGUACCCUUUCAUUGGCGCUUCUCCUGAUGGAUUAAUUGGAGAUAACAAAAUUUUAGAAGUUAAAUGUCCAUAUUCCAUAAAGGAUGAAAUGAUUGGAUCCAACAAUUAUUUCCAUUUAGAGCAUGAUUUGCAACUGAAAGAAACAAGCAACUAUUAUUACCAAAUCCAAACGCAGUUACUUGUCACAGGAAGAGAUUGUUGUGAUUUAUUUAUAUGGACUAAUGUUGAUGAAAAAAUAAUAAAUGUUAAAAAAAAUGAUUCAUUUAUACAAAAUAUUAUAAUCCCUCGAGUAAAAGCUUUCUUUUUUCAAUUUAUGUUGCCAAAGAUAGCAAAAAAUAUGUAUGAUUGUUAA